AUGUUGGAGAUUUAUGCUUUGGCUUGGAGUUACAAUGCAUUCCUAAUAUUUCUUAUAUUCUAAAAUGAGAGUGAAGCAAGAUAAUUAAUGAAAUUAGGUGAUAAUAGUUUAGGAAGAUCGGUAAUGAAAGAUAUGCAUACAAAUGAUGAUAAUUGCAAAUUCGAAAUAGUUAAUAGUAGAUAAUUUAGAUCAUUAUUUCUUAUGGCAUUGUUUAAAUUGGUUUUAUUGGCAUUCUUAUUAAGAGAUGUAUGGUUUUUUAAUUUCUGGUAAAUAUUUGAUAAUAAUUAUCUUGGAAACAUAUAUUACCACAUUUUAGAGAAUGGUGAGACCAUAGGCAAUACAUUAUUUGUAUUUUUGGGAUUAUGGGUUAGUAAGAAAUUAGUAAUUGAAUAAUUUAAUUGGUUGUGUAGAAAAGAUAAAUCAUUUACAUAAUGGUUGGUUUGGCAUGAUCGAAAGUAUUUUGGAGCAGCAUUUGGUACUUGGUUAGCAGAAACUAUAAAAUUUCCUUACUGGAUUUUUCUUAAUGAAUUAAUUAUGGGUACCUCCCAAAUGUUGGAUGGUGUCAUAUAGAUUAUUUGUUUAUUUUGGAAUGGGAGUACUUAGUUGGUAAGAAUAAUGAAAUGAUUUGAAAGGAAAUUAAGAAUAUGCAGGAUAAUAUCGAUAUUUAGUAGUAUGGACACUUUUCUCGGAAACUUUUAUAAGCAUAAAAUUCUUAAAAGACGCUGGAUGCCAAUAAGCCAUAUUAAAUAUCUAUUCCAUGGAUAGCAAUCAUCAUUAUAAGUAUUUUAGUGUAAUUAGUGAUGAGAAUAAAAAAUAAGAGAAUAUUAAAAGUCUAGGCAUAGUGA